CGCUGACUGCGAACUACAGCUCCUCGGCUGGCGGCGUCUGUGGCGGCCUCCGGGGAGAGCAGCGCUCCGGGACAGUGGCGAUGUCCAGUGCCGCCGCGGCAGGGACAGCAGGCCGGCUUCCCGGGGUAGCGGCAUAGGCGGGCGCUUCCUCUGCGCGCUCGCUGCCCUUCCCCUGAACCGGCCAUGCGCCCGGCCUUCGCGGUGGGCCUGGUGUUCGCGGGCUGCUGCAGUAACGUGAUCUUCCUAGAGAUCCUGGCUCGGAAGCAUCCAGGGUGUGGCAACAUUGUGACAUUUGCACAAUUUUUAUUUAUUGCUGUGGAAGGCUUCCUCUUUGAAGCCGAUUUGGGAAGGAAGCCACCAGCUAUUCCAAUAAGGUACUAUGCCAUAAUGGUCACCAUGUUCUUCACUGUCAGCGUGGUGAACAACUACGCGCUGAACCUCAACAUUGCCAUGCCUCUGCACAUGAUAUUCAGAUCUGGUUCUCUAAUUGCCAACAUGAUCCUAGGAAUUAUCAUUUUGAAGAAGAGAUACAGUAUAUACAAAUAUACCUCCAUUGCCCUGGUGUCUGUGGGGAUAUUUAUUUGCACUUUCAUGUCAGCAAAGCAGGUGACUUCCCAGUCCAGCUUGGGCAAGAAUGAUGGAUUCCAGGCAUUUGCGUGGUGGUUACUAGGUAUUGGGGCACUGACUUUUGCUCUUCUGAUGUCAGCAAGAAUGGGCAUAUUCCAAGAGACUCUAUACAAACAAUUUGGGAAACACUCCAAGGAGGCUUUGUUUUAUAACCACGCUCUUCCACUUCCUGGUUUUGUCUUCUUGGCGUCUGAUAUUUAUGAACAUGCAGUUCUAUUCAAUAAGUCUGAAUUAUAUCAGGUUCCAGUCAUUGGUGUGACAAUGCCCAUCAUGUGGUUCUACCUCCUCAUGAACGUCAUCACUCAGUACGUCUGCAUCCGGGGCGUGUUCAUCCUCACCACAGAAUGCGCCUCCCUCACUGUCACGCUCGUCGUGACUCUGCGCAAGUUCGUGAGCCUCAUCUUUUCCAUCUUGUAUUUCCAGAACCCCUUCACUCUGUGGCAUUGGCUGGGUGCCUUGUUUGUCUUCACUGGGACCUUAAUGUACACAGAGGUGUGGAACAACCUAGGGACCACAAAAAGUCAGCCUCCGAAGGACAAGAACAACUGAGGUCUGCCUAGAAUGUACGCGUCAGUGUCGCCGUGAGGGAGGGGUCUGGCCAAGGUCUGGCCACCAUUUCACUUUGGAUCAUGCAGAAUUACCCCCAGUACUGAGCCACACAUGCACCAGAGAGUCCUCAGAAAGAAGGGCCUUCUCACAUUUCUCCUGGCUGUAUAUCUGUAGACUCCAAAUAGAAAUCCCCCCACCGUAAAAUAGAAAAAAGAGGUCUGUACUCUUGAAUGACCCCUUCAUUUGUUAUUUCUGUUUUGUUUACACAGAUAUUCAGUAUUAUACUUGUUUAUUGAACUCUGACUCCCCAGAAGUAAUGGUUUCAUAUGUGUGAUCUUGGACAAGAUUAUGCCUUUCAUUGCUGUUCUGAUGAUUCUCUGCCAUAACUGUUAUUACCGUCCUGUGGCCCUGUCCCUUUUUUCUCCCAUCACCCCUCCACUCUUCAGCAGCACUUUUCAGCCAGUCGGACGCUCCAGGCGCCAUCAGCAUCAGGAACAAUUGAAUGGCCAGGUAAACUGAGACACCGGUAACACUGGGACUGGAAUUCCAGCCUGUUGGGAAAGAAGCAGUUGGCCCCAUGAGCCGAGCCCUGGCGACACUGGAGCAGGACUGGUGGGACCGUCCCCCACCCCUUCCCCACAUUUUGCUUUUUUUCCACUAUACAAAAAUCAGAUACUUUUCCCAUCUCUUGCUUUCUGUGCUUAGAACAAUCCUGCAGCACAUUGCAUAGCACAGUGUUAAUUAGAAAGGAAGAUUGUGUAUGGAUUGGGAGGAGGGAGACUUUUUCCCUCAGUCUUCCACAUGAAGCCCAUUAGCCUAAGCUGGCCCUCCUCUGCACCCCAAGAGCCACCGCUCCUCCUGGAGGCCCAGCCAGGCACUCACAGGGCAGGUCGCUAGGUGUAGGAUAAGUCUUUGUAAGGCCACCUAACCAGGAGAUUGAGCUCUGCCUGACAACUCCGAUAGUCACUACCAGACAGGCAGAUGAAUAGACCAAGACGUACAGUGGGUGUGGGUGUGGGUGUGAAGGAUAAAUCAGGUCAAGUCCCAACUGCAAUUGAACGUUUUUCUGUUUUUCGCUAUGAGGCAUCUUAAUAUUCUUGAUGGGUAUUGGGGAGAUGAUGGGUAUUGGGGAGAGAGUUGUAUGUGCUUUAUUUUAUGUAGAAACAUGCCUCUCUUUUGCUAAUCUUUUCAGAGGUCUAGUUUUCUUCUCAUGAGAUAAUCGUGACAAAGAGGACCGCUGUCAGUAUAGCGUGUGUAGCGUGUGUGUGCUGUUGUGUAGUUUGUGCCCAUCGGAGAGCAUGGAAGUCGGUGUUCUUUUCCUUCCUCUUCACCUAGCCCAGGACCUCAGCAACCUCACAUCAGCACCUGCUCUUCUGUAAGCAGCUAAACUUACUAGCUACUUCUCUUUUUGUAUAGACAAGGCCUUUCAUUGUGCUGCGUGCAGAUUGGGUUCUUAGAUUGACGUGUGGCUCUGUGGGUCUCCUGGGCUCAUGCCAUGGUGUGAUAUGUUUAUUCCGCUGUCUUGAGUUAUUCUCUGAUGGGUCUGAGUAGCAACAGUAACAUGAGUAUCCCAGAACCACUGGGUGGCUUGGGGAAGUCAUUUAAGCUGCCUUGGUUUUUUAUUACCUAAAAUGUGGAUACUAUUUCUCCAUCUAAGUCACCUGCUUUGCAGACUGAUUUGUUGUUCUGGACAUUGUAACUCUCCAGUGCUGGUAACAGUCUAUUCUAAAAUGCUGAAUUAGAUGUGAACCCACUCAUGGAAUCAAAAGAUACUUGCUUUGAAAUAUGUGGAGUUCUUCAGACUGAGGGUGCUAUGAAUACCAGGUGUUAAAUAUCCUCCUAAAAACAAAAACAAGAACUACUUUUUCUUAUUGCUUAAUAGAAGAACCUGUCCCUAGGCACUACUUGAUUGUUACACAUUAUAGAGUCUCUAUUGUUACACAUUAUGGAGUCUCCAGGUAACUCUUGACAGUAUAUAGCUUUAUAUAACAUAGUAUCACCCUUUUUAUGUUAAUGGCAAAUAUUAGAAUUUUUAGUUGAGACAUGCUGAUGUACAUUGAACACUGGGCCCAUUAGGUUUUAGAUUCUGGUUUAAUUAGAGUGCAUCUGUUCCUCUUUUAGAGCAUGUGAAUACCUCUUCCAGUCUUACUAAUAGGACAGUACGUAGGGACAGAUAAUAGAUUAGAGCACUCAUACAAUAAAACAAGCACAUGCAGGAACAGAAUGCCUGAAAUGCCCUGUGAAUUGGUUUGCUCUCUAAUAUUUGGAUAUAUGUCUAAUGGACACCAGUUAAUACUUUUUUUAAAAAAAACUAUUAUUUUUUUUUAAAUUCUGCCCUUUGAUUUACUGAUUUUUCAAUUAAAAAAUUUUCAGCCUUUAUUAAAAGGGCAAAUAAAUCAUUUUGUAGAGGAUCAGACUCAUAGCUACCUGGAGGAGAAAUGUUUAUUAAAUGCCUCUGCUCUCUCUCUGGGUCAAGACCAUGUAAUUUUGUGCUUCAGAGAUAGAGGAUAUAGUUGGUUUAAAAGAGUUCAUGUUUAAGACAUCAAAAAUUCCAUGCUAGAGCAAAAAUCAAAUAACAAAGAACCCUAGGCAGAACAUGUAUUUGUGUGUGUGUACACCUACCUGCUCACUAAACAGUGUGGUUAGUUUAGCAGAUAAGGUAACAGAAGACAGUGGAUAUUUUUGAAUUAUAUUAAUGUCUACAUACUCUUUGCCAAAAUUCUCUUGUCACGUUAUAAAUGCUAUCUUUUUCAUUUUUACCAGUAAUUUAUUUUUGAUUUUUGAUUUUCUUUUUCGUCCAACUAAAACUAUUAACACACUUCAUAAGUUUAUAUCAGGUUCUAAAGUAUUUAAACGGAAUCCAAAAGGUCAUUUUUUUUUUUUUUCUUUUUCCUGCACAGUCAACCAAAGUGAAGUGCUGCAGUACUUUAAUUUGGUCAGUGAUGUAAGCAGAGGAAAACCACGAAAGCUGAGUUGAUCUGUGCCACUUAUAACAAACCCCUUCUGUUCUUCUGGGAAGAGUAAAUGAUCUUUCUAGAGGAUUCUGAUAAAUAUCUUAUGGUCAUUUCCCAAGCACCUUAUCUCUCUUCUGCCUGAUUUUUUUUUUAAAAAACAUCCUCAUCCCCCAUCAGUUUCUCUGUUGUAGCCUCCACUCACUUGUGGUGUUUUCUACUGAGGAGGACCUGUAAUCUCAGCUCUGUCUAUGCCUCUGUUCUCUGGGGCCUCUGGAUGUUUUUGUGGGUUUUUAUAGGGUAUUUAUAUUUGUGUAGCAUGUAUGUUAUACAUUCUUAUAAGCAUUGGUAUUGGGGUGUGUAUCUAUAGGGGUGAGACUAUCUGGCAGAAUAUGUGAACAUUUGUGUAAACAUGAAGGAUUAAUGUAGAAAUGUUUGUAUAUUCUGUUACAGCUCAACGUGGGGGCUGAGAAUAUUUACCGCCACUCCCUUCUAUAUUUGGAAAACAAUAGUUUUCUUAUUUUGCUCUUUUACCCUAUCUUUAGCUGGCUUCACUCAACUGUGCUGGAUACCUAUGGAAAGGGGAAUUGAAAACAUUAGGUCAGGAGUAAUUCUAAACCAGUGAAUUAGCUCUGAGCUGGUGGUCAUGUUCACCAGUGGGCCACAUGGCAUUGACCUAAGCAGAUACCCAAAUGCACAGGGAGGAGAACCACAUGAUAGAGAUCUGAAGUCAAGAGCCUACAUUUGUUGUAUUUUGUUUCUCUUUGGCUUGGAGUAAAUAGAAUUAUGAGUAAGUCUGCCCUUAUUAGAUAACCGAAGCACUUUUGUCUCAAUAGCUUUCUCAUAACUAAAAGAUGUGAUCGGAUCUUAUCUGUGACAGUUCAUUCUUAUAUUGAAAGAACUGUCAAUAUAGGUAAAAUCCAUUCAUUAUUACUGUUGAUUGGUGUGACAUUUGAAAAUGAGUAUAAACAAUGUCUGUAAGUAAAAGAACUAGUCAUAAGCCUUGGAAUAUAUGCAACAUGUACCCAGCUCGGGCAGGAGACUGGCCCUCUUGGCUUUGUAAUGUCUUCUCUCUUUCCAGCAGCUUCCACCCAGUAGACAUUCCAGGGACAGGAGGGGCCAACAAUCAUGUCUUAUUUGUAUCUGUGUCGCCAGCCCCUGGCAGAGUGUGACUUAUGUUAUGUGAAUAAAUGAAUGCUUGCCAAGAUCGCUUCUUCCCUUGAGUUUCUGAGAAAGCUUCCUAUUCCCACCCUUCAUCAGCUGGUUGGCAAGAAAGCACAUACGGGGAAACAUCCUAAGAUUCCAAGCAAGAGGAGGAGUGGAGGAAGAUUGGGGGACAUACACCAGGGACUGCUAUUGGUAUGCAGCCUGCUAUGCAGCUUUUUGUUCUCUUGAUUGCCUGGUGGUAGGAGGGAAGAGCAUUAUAUAUUUAGGACGUUACAUAUUUGAUGCUCAGGAAGUAAGUGCAAGGAGAUGCCUAUCAGAGUAUUAACGAUUCUUAAAAGUUUCUGUAGUGUGCUGCCUGGGGUGACCAGCCCACCCUCACAUCUCUGUAGCUGGUAUAGUUAGUUUGUACUGGCUGAUGCCUGGAGAUUAUUGUCUGUUCGCAGUAUCAUACUGAGACACCCCCCCUGAGCUUUACCUACUUAAAUCACUAACUGUCCUACCAAAAUUCCUCAGUUUUAAUCAAGUGAGACAAGCUGCAAGGGAACCUGAGAUAGGUGGAAAAAGAAAGGUUG